AUGGAAAACGAGACUGUAAGUGAACUGAACCAAACACAGCUUCAGCCACGAGCAGAGGUGGCCCUAGAAUACCAAGUAGUCACCAUCUUACUUGUGCUCAUUAUUUGUGGCCUGGGCAUCGUGGGCAACAUCAUGGUAGUCCUGGUCGUCAUGAGAACCAAGCACAUGAGGACCCCCACAAACUGCUACUUGGUGAGUCUGGCAGUCGCCGAUCUCAUGGUCCUGGUGGCCGCGGGCCUACCCAACAUCACGGACAGUAUCUAUGGCUUCUGGGUCUACGGCUAUGUGGGCUGCCUGUGCAUUACGUACCUCCAGUACUUGGGCAUUAACGCAUCCUCUUGCUCCAUCACAGCCUUUACUAUUGAGAGGUACAUAGCAAUCUGUCACCCCAUCAAAGCCCAGUUUCUCUGCACAUUUUCCAGAGCUAAAAAGAUCAUCAUCUUUGUCUGGGCUUUCACCUCCAUUUACUGUAUGCUCUGGUUCUUUCUGCUGGAUCUCAAUAUUAGCACCUACAAAAAUGCGAUCGUGGUGUCCUGUGGCUACAAGAUCUCCAGAAAUUACUACUCACCUAUUUACCUAAUGGACUUUGCUGUCUUUUAUGUUGUGCCGAUGAUCCUGGCCACUGUCCUCUAUGGAUUCAUAGCUAGGAUCCUCUUCUUAAAUCCCAUUCCUUCAGAUCCUAAAGAAAACUCUAAGACGUGGAAAAACGACUCAACUCAUCAGAAUAAGAAUUUGAAUUCGAAGACCUCGAAUAGGAGUUUCAACAGCACAGUAUCUUCAAGGAAGCAGGUCACCAAGAUGCUGGCAGUGGUUGUAAUUCUGUUUGCCCUUUUAUGGAUGCCCUACCGGACUCUUGUGGUUGUUAAUUCAUUUCUCUCCAGUCCUUUCCAAGAAAAUUGGUUCUUACUCUUUUGCAGAAUUUGCAUUUAUCUCAACAGUGCCAUCAAUCCAGUGAUUUACAACCUCAUGUCCCAGAAAUUCCGAGCAGCCUUCAGAAAGCUCUGCAACUGUAAACAGAAGCCAACGGAGAAGCCCGCUAACUACAGUGUGGCCCUAAAUUACAGUGUCAUUAAGGAGUCAGAUCACUUAAGCACGGAGCACGAUGAUAUCAUGGUCAAUGACACUUAUCUGUCUGCCACAAAAGUGUCUUUUGAUGACACCUGUUUGGCUUCUGAAAUAACCUUUAGACAAAGCUGA